GAAACACGCUUCGUUGAGAAUCAAACAGUUUUUCCUCUUCAAAAGUCUUUUAAACCACGCUUUCACUUGAGAAUCAACAAAAAACAAAUUUCUUCAAAAGCCGGCUAGAAGGAAAUAAAGCCCAUUCAGUUACCAAGCCCAUUCCCCUAACCAGAAAAAAGCCCAGGGGGAAAAUUAUUAUUGUCUUUCAGUUCUGGUUCUUUGUCAUUUUACUCUCUCCUUGCAUACGGUUUGUUGUUACAUUUUCCCAGUAAACGACUUCACCCACCUCAGCCCCACUCCGUCUCUCUCCUCCUCCUCCUUCCGCCGUGACGAAACGAUGUCGCUUAGGGUUUUCUUCCUCCUCGCCCUGCUCGUAUUCUCCUCUUCCUUCCUUCAAGUGGUUAGAUGUGACGGUGACUCAGAAGCAGAAGUAGCUGAAGGUAGUGAGGAAAUAAGUGAUCUAGGAAUUGUUGGUGAUGAUGUCCAAGAUUUUGGUGGUGGCAGUUUUAGCCCUGCUCCAGGGGUGGAGACUCUUUGUGUUUUUCCAAAGAAUCCUUCUAAAUUGAUUACCGCUGGGGAAGAGAGUGAACUAUUAGUUGGUGUGAAAAAUGAUGGAGAUUCAAAUCUGAAUAUCAUUGCAAUCCAGGCCAGCGUUCAUCUUCCGUUUGACCAUCAGUAUUUGAUUCAGAAUCUCUCUGCCCAGGCGUUUAACAAUGCAUCUGUUCCUCCUUCUGCUCAAGCUACAUUCCCCUACAUAUUUGCUGUCAGCAAAUUCUUGCAGGCUGGAACAUUUGAUCUCGUGGGCACAAUUGUUUAUGAAAUAGAUCAAACUCCAUACAAAAACACCUUUUAUAACGGGACUAUUGAAGUUACUGAGCCUAGUGGUCCUCUCAGUAUUGAGUCUGUUUUCUUGGUUUCCCUUGCAAUCGCCUUUCUUGGCUUUAUCUUUUUCACUAUUCGGAGUCGGAUUCAGAAUUACUCCAAGAAAACCAAAAGAGCACCCAAGGUGGAGGUUGGAACUGGGACUACUGAUGCGUCGAUGGAUGAAUGGCUACAGGGUACUGCCUAUACUCAGUCCCAAUCCAACAAAUUAAAGAAGAAGAAGUAGAUGAAGGCUUCUUUAGCAUCUCGGAUUUCGUUCACAAGAGUAGAUUGGAGGUGGCAACAGUUGUUUUGACGCAUGACCCUGGCUUGAUGUUCAAAUGGGAAAAUUAGUGGAAGGCGGAAUGUUCAUCUAAUCUUCAGCUUUUGGAUGUAGGCACUGAAAACUGAUCUGCUGUCCUGCCUCACUGUUGUGGGAAUAGAGGGAAAACUCGUUUUUUCUUAAAAUUCAGAGGAUUUUGAAAAUUGAGCUUUAUUAAAAACCGGAAUUUAGUUGAUGAGAGUAAGGUAGGAAAGGUACAAUUUUGUGCAUCUGAUAUUUUUACUUAAAUUGACUUGUUUAGUUUUCUCUUCUUUCAUGGAUGAUGAUGAAACACGAUAAAGAAGGCUGGGUCUCAAUUGAAAAGCCUGGCGGCUUUUUAGUGUGGGGUUGGCUUUAAGAAAGUAGCAAUGUUCUUGUGGUGGUUAAUUCCGACUCCAAUAUUGUGCAACAAUCGUGAAUGAUGGUGGCGGUUGCAUAUAAGAUCCAUUUCAGUCACAAGUUGAUAGGCUUGGAAAGAGUAUUUGGCUAAUAACAAUUCUUUUUUUUUUAUUUUAAUACGGAGGAAUAACAAUUCUAAUUUUGAUCCAAAAAACAAUUGGUACUUUGGAUUACUGUUUAAAAACUUGCAUUAUGAUCCCAAAAAAGAAUCAAGGGGACUGACGACUGAGGUAUACACAAAUUAG